AUGCAAGACACGUUUGUGGAUGACAUACUCACGGGGGCUGAUUCUCCAGACUCAGCUUUAGUGCAACGAUCACAAUUAAUUGCUUUAUGCAAACAAGGUCAAUUUCAACUUCGGAAAUGGGUCAGCAACUCUUCCGUGAUCCUACAGGCUGUAUCGGGCAAUGAGCGCUCCAUGUCAACUGAUGUACUAUUCGAUGAUGAGCUGGAGGCUGGGCUGAAAAUCCUCGGGAUGCAAUGGAAUCCAAAACAAGACAAUUUCUCUUAUAGUUUUCAGUGUCCAAAUGCAAGUAUCCUGUCAGAUCUUGCACGCAUUUUCGAUCCACUCGGAUUUCUCUUACCUGUGACCUUUUUGGCAAAGCACAUGAUGCAGUUACUAUGGACAUCAGGAAUCGGAUAG